CGCCUCCACGUUUGCGCCUGAGCCAUGACCUAACUUGCGCCACUCCGCUACGACCAAUCUCCGCCCCGCCGUCGUGUAUGCUUGCCACUUCAAUUGCAACGCUCGUGCCUCGCCAUGCCCGUCUGGCCGUUCGGGCGACGGAAGGGCCGCCGUUCUCGUCUCAACCCCGAGGGUCCUGUCGCCGUUGAAGCCAAGACCGCCAACAUCCUUGACCGUCGUUCUAGUCGGCGAUCCAGACGACGCAGCAUUAGAAGAGACUCCACAAAUCGCACCGGCUCUGCGUCACGUCAGUCCCUCACUAAUAAGGGGAGAGACAUGGGUCCUUCGUCGACCGCGAAGCCCAGACACUGCGCCGACGACAUAACCCCUCUACCUGCGACGCUCACCUCGGGCACUAGCCCGCACCUGCGACCGACCACGCGAGAGCAUGCCGAUUCUCCCAUCACCGCCCAUCCAGACAUGCUCCCAAACCAAUCCCACACCAGCCUGUACAUGGCAAAGGAGCGAGGCAAGCUCCAGAAACGCCGAUCGGAGGAUGGUCCUCCGCGAACAAUGUCCACCAAACGCAGCAGAAAAGACCCCAUCAGGGAGGAGGAAAUCCGCCAGAUGAGCGCUCCCGUCCCCGUCAAGCGCAGCGCCGACAACUCCGGCUCCAUGACGAGGCGCGACAGCAAAAAGGCUCGCAAGGGCCUGCACAGGCACUUCGACCGCCCGACCUCCGACCUGUCGCUGCCCACCAACAACUCGCUGCGCUCCUCGCUCUCCGGCGGCAGCGGCUCCGACUACGCCUCGUUCAAGGUCAGCUCGCUCGACGUCUUCGCCCCGCGACCCACCAUCCGCUACUCGGGCAGCCCCCCCUUCUACCAAAACCCCGUCGAUCGCGCCCAGAAUGACUCGAGGGCCGAUUCGCGCAGGAAAUCGCCCAUCAGCAAGGAAACGCUCAAGGAGAGCAAAACCAUCGACGACCUGGCCGAUGACAUGGACUCGGGGACCCUGAGGGAAUUGAUGGAGCGCGACGCAAGGAGGAAAGAGAGGAAACGACAGGCAGACGAGGAACGUCUGCGUCGCAAACUGGAACGGAGGGCAGAGAAGCAGCGCCAAAAAGAGCAGACACGUGAUAGCGAUGCUGCCACAAGAGCUGGCAAGGAACUCAACGCCGCGUUGGGUCUUGCUAUUGAGAAUGGCAAACCUGUCAAGGGCAAAGAGAGUACAGUGGAGCGUGGCACAGAGAACACGGGCACUUACCUCGAUUACCCGGCUGACAGCCAUAUCCCGAAGAUUCCGUCUGAGGGUCAGGCUGGCACGUCUUAUUCUCCCGUCCCCCAGACUCCAACUGAGGAUGCAGUCAUCGAAGACGCGCAUGCCAUCCGCUACUCCCGCCCCAACAUGUCGCCGCCGCAUUCGCCCGCCCACCAACAUGCCAGAGGAUCGUCAAACGUGUCAGAGCUGCCCGAGCUCACCCACGAGGUUACACCGACCGCCUCUGAGAACCCAUCCGCAAUUACCCGCAGCUCUUCGUUCAACAGAAGGAGCUCUGACGUCAGCAGCAGCAGACGCGGAGGAUGGUGGUCUGCUUUCAGGCGCCGCCCGUCGGCCCUCAAGAGGAGGUCAAUGGACCAAGGAACCGCCGUCACUGCUCCUUCGGAGGUCUCUUUCUCCAACACCUCCCGUGAAUCGAUGGGUAGGCAACCGCUGCCUCCCCACCUUGUGCAACAGCCCGGUCGGAAGAGAUCUGGUACUCCUGUCCGUACGCAAUCGAAGUUCCGCGAGGAACUUCCUGAGCGCCACGACAGGACUCCUCUGUCGCCGCCAGAUUCGAGGGUACAAUCGCCGGAGUUUGCGGGCUCGACCCACAAUACCGUUCGUCCUGGUCAAAAUCUUCGCAUUGAACCCGGAGCUGCCAACGCUGGUGCCGCCCUCGAUGACACUCCCGGUAAAAUCCGCACGGAUUCACCAGUCAGCCCUGGUGCUCGCACAUCUGCGGUCGUGCCCGCCUCUCUCGCAUCGGUCGAUUCUGAAGCCUCAUGGCUCUCCGGCAAGCCAAUGAAGCGUGCUUCUAACCCUGCUUACUGGCGCACCAGCUUCGGCUCUGCGUCCACGCGCAGGCCCCGUGAAGAUUUCACCGCGUCGUACGAGGAACUUGGUAUCCCUGAUGAUGAGUAUUUUCGCCGCCUCACCCCUGGUCCUGAAGGUCCUAUGCAUUCAACCUCGCGCAAGCCAAGCAGCGAUGCUCUGGCUGCCGACGCCGACGCUGGUGCCGAGGAUACCGAGAUUACGCCGGAGAGCGAACAACCCGAAGAAGCCGUCUUUCGCAACGAUGCCGCACACAGGCCCACCGUCGUGCACCGCCAGGAACGCGCCAAAUCCCAGGAAGGCCUUCUCAGCUACUGGGCAGAGGAGGCAGCAGAGGCUGAGCCAACUAGCGCGGGUGCCGAGGACGCAAUGGAGGGUGUUGAGCCAGCGACGCCGGUAGAAGUGGGCUCCAUCCAGGAUCUGCCAAGCGAAGAAGACAGCCCCGAGAUCAAGCGCGCAUCGAGCGUGAACAUAAAGAACCAAGUAAAACGCUUCAGCGCCAGCAGCGCAAAGUUGCUGGACAUCAGCAGAAGCGGUUCUCUCAGAAGCAACUCAUUCGACCCGACCCGGACAGGCAGCAUGCCUCCCGUCGAGUCACCAGCUGAGUAAGAUUUGCAGUAACUGUGUGACACGCAGGUGCCGUGAAUGAUUGCCAUCCAGCCAACAGCCAGUCGAAAUGUCGUCGAAGUCGGACAUGCCGCUCUCUCUGCUCUCCUUUGUGCUUUGUCGCUCAUUACCCAUCUCGAGAGAUGUCUAACACUGACCGAAGUCGCUCAUUUUGCAUUUCCUUAUAAUUUCCUGUCUCGCGGAGCAAUAUCCGUGUAAGACAAACACAGAAUCCUGAAAAACAAACAAACACGUUUUGUCUGACUCUAUCGACAUACCAUUGGCCUGGCUGGCUGGCAUUCCUCACGCACCGCAUCACAACACUCCGCUGCAAAGCCGUUUUCGGCGUAUCUGCUUCUACUUCGUUUAUUUCGGGCAUCGAGCUGGCUAGAUCCGGACCCUCUAUUUGCACAUAUUCUGGCUUCUUUUAAAAAGACUUUUUGUGGCAU